AUGAGCAUAUCACCUGGCGAGCAUUUGACAUAUAGUAUUGGACCGCGGGGGUCUUUACGACUCCGAGACGCUCUAUCAAAAUACUUUAACGAGCAUUUCUGCCCUUCAACGCAAGUAGCGGCCGACAAUCUUUACGUCACACCUGGACUCGCCAGUUGCAUCGAUUCUAUCGCAUGGGCGUUGUGCGAUCCUGAUGAUGGCAUUUUGAUUCCCAGACCGUAUUACAACGGUUUUACCGUCGACAUCACACAUCGCAGUCACGUGCAAGUGGUUGGAGUUGACUAUGCAGAUAUAUCUAGGCACUCGUCCAUGAAUGACCUCUUCCGGCCGGAGAUCAAUACAGAGGCACUGGAAGCUGCACUUUCAAAAUCCAAGACCCGGGGUAUAAAUAUUCGUGCUCUCCUAAUAUCCCAACCACACAAUCCACUAGGUAGAUGCUAUCCACCAGAGACGCUCAAGGCAUUUUUGGGUUUUUGUAGCCGCCAUCAGAUACACCUUAUCUCGGAUGAGAUUUAUGCCAAGUCGGUGUUUCAGAACCCUUCCAUGGCCGAUCCUACACCGUUCACAUCUGUCAUGGCCGUGAGCAAUGGUCUCAUUGAUCCACUCUUGCUUCAUGUCAUGUAUGGUGCGAGCAAGGACUUUUGCGCAAAUGGACUUCGUCUGGGAGUCUUAUAUACACAGAAUCAGGGCGCUAUGCUGACAGAACUUGUGAAAUCCAGACAAUUUGCCUGGUCUCCUCACCUGGUGCAGGACAUCUGGGCUACGAUGCUCAACGACAAGAAAUGGCUUGAUACUUUCUUUACUCUAAACCAUGAACUCAUGGCUAAAAACCACUCUAUUGCAACUGCAUUCUUUCAAUCGCACAAAAUCGAUUAUUUUGAAUCAAAUGCAGGAGUGUUUAUUUGGGUUGAUCUUGGCCGCUAUAUGCUACCUCAACGAUUCCGAAGUCAAGGUCAUUCUUCAAGACUACGAUCGAACAUGUCCGAGGCCGACUUGGUGGCAUGUAUAGAAUCCGAGUCAAGACUAGCAGCUACUUGUAUCGAGUGCGGAGUUAUGAUUUCGCCCGGCAGCAUCUAUGCGUCCGAAGAGUUUGGCUGGUACAGGGUUACAUUCACGUUGCCUGAGGCAGCCCUGCGAGAAGGAUUACAUCGCAUGGGAAAGGCAUUGGAAUUCUCGGUACAAGAAUAA